CCCUCUUAGACAAGAACCGUGGACAGUGGGGCCACACGCGGAAUGGUUGAGAUGUGGUGCGCGAGGGAAGAUUCCGGCAGAGAGUAGCAUAUCCAGUGUUUGCAGGUGUUGGGUGGGUUUGCGUGGAUCAUAGGCAAAGGAGAGACGACAGGAACCCCCUCGUUUCUUGUUUCAGUUCGAGCGGGAGCAUGGCAACGUCGGACGACGAGGAUGAGACCUUGGUUAAUUUCCUCGAAUUGGAGGUUCUUUCCGAGGUCUCCGACCAGGACGAAGAGUUGAAAACGAGGCCUUCCCCCCUACCUCCAUCAUCUCAAUCACCGUCUCCCUCAUCCAAUAAGAGGCCGCGCCUUGAUCAGGGGACCUCUCAAUCACCCUCUUCCUCUUCCAAUAAGAGGUUGCUCCUUGAUCAAGGGAUCUCUCAAUCACCAUCUUCCUCAUCUAAUAAGAGGCUGCGCCUUGAUCAAGGGACCUCUCGAUCAAGGUCUUCCUCAUCCAAUAAGAGGCCGCACCUUGAUCAAGGGACCUCUCGAUCACCGUCUCCCCCAUCCAAUACGAGGCUGCGCAUUGAUCAAGGAACCUCUCAAGUCAGUUGCCACUGCCAGAUUGAGACUGGAAUUUUCAGCAAGAUUCCUCCCGAGCUUUUCCACCACAUCCUCAAAUUCCUCUCUUCUGAGGAUCUUAUUUCAUGCUCCCUGGUUUGUAGAUUCCUCAACUCUGCAGCAUCUGAUGAAUGCCUCUGGCGCCGUCUUUAUUGUAUGAGGUGGGGUCUGUCAUCACCUACUGGGAAGUUACGUGAGUGUGCUUGGAAGAAGCUUUAUAUUCAGCGUGAUGAAGAGGACAUGGCCGAAUUUGUUAAGAACACUCCAUCUGAGUUCAAGGAGUAUUACGUCCAAAUGCAGGCAGCCAAGAGAAGCCAAGCUCCUCUACUGUCCCAAGUGAACGAUGAUCGCAUAAUUCUCGACAAGACAGUUGCUGAUCAAGUGUCUAUUUGGAGAAGUAGCAGAGGGUUGACUGAUGAGGUAGUUGCUGACCAUGCUUGCUCUGGGGAGACAUGUUGUUACUCUCAAAUUGGAGAUGUCUUUCUCUGUGAGAAGACUGGACGUGUUCAUGUCUGCGAUGACACAUGCCGGGAAGUUGUUUGGGAUCCGUCCAAUGGGCUUUUGGUCUGUACAAUUUCAGGGCACUGUUUUGAUGGAUUGCUGUUGCCAUCUGAAGAGGAAACAGAUGCUGAACAACAACAAGGAGGUGUAAUGGAUGAUCCAGAGCCUUUCAUGGGAUCUGGCCGAUUUGGGUGUUCACCCUGAUCCUUUGAAAGAGGAUUCUUUGAUUUGGAAGAGAUCCAAUUAUGGAAAAACGGAAUGAUCAUGCCGAAUAUCUGCCUCCUUUGUCUCAACAACGAGGAGACAGGGGACCACCUCUUCAUUCAUCGUCCUUUUAUCUCGGAUAUUUGGUGGAGUGUCCUCCAUUGGGCAGGCGUUUCUUAAGUCAUGCCUCCUCUUGACUCUUUGUUCCGCUCUUGGCAUGCUGAGGAUGGUGGAGUAAUUGGCAAGAGAAAGUGGUGAGGCAUGUUGCUUGCAGUUUGGGCGGAGAGAAACAACUGCGUUUUUAGAAACGAGGGUCGAUCUUCAGCGGUUGUUUUCUCUAAGGUGUUGAUUCUCUUCAGGGAUUGGGCGAUGUGAUUAGGCCGGUGGCCGGGGUGUAGCCUCUGUAUCUCUUUUAUUUUCCUUUUCUUUUAGUUUUUCUUCCUUCUUUUCUCUUUUUCAUUGUUUUUCUAAUGUUUUCAUUUUUUAUGUUUGGGUGGCCUUUACUAUCCCGCUAAUAAAAUCUCUUAUGUUUCAAAAAAAAAAAAA